GAGAGAGAGAGAGAGAGAGAGAGAGAGAGAGAAGAAUUUGCUAGAGCAAAUUGUCAUCAACAUGGAGAGAAAAAGUCAACAAUGCUUGAUUAUAUUGGUACAUAUGGAACUGGGAAGUACCUAUAAAAACCACAGAUUGGAGACACAAAAUAUACAUAGGAGAGCGCAUAUAUCCAACAUCAUCAGUCACAUCAGUUACAGCUGUGUUGGUAGAAGAAGAAGAAAACGGAAAGACAUGGCAAGCCUGAACUGGUCAUAUGAGGGAGAAAACGGACCUGACCACUGGAGCAAACUCUACCCCAUUGCUAAUGGAAACAAUCAGUCUCCUAUUGACAUUAAAACCAAAGAAAUCAAGCACGAUGCUUCUCUGAAACCUUUCAGUGUCUCCUAUAGCCCAUCAACAGCCAAAGAAAUUGUCAACGUAGGCCAUUCCUUCGCUGUAAAUUUUGAGGAUAAGGAUAACCAGUCAGUCCUAAAAGGUGGUCCAGUCGCUGGAAGCUUUAGGCUGCGGCAGUUUCAUUUCCACUGGGGGACUGAUGACCAUGGUUCUGAGCACACAAUAGAUGGAGUGAAAUACUCAGCAGAGUUACACAUAGUUCACUGGAACUCUGAAAAAUAUGCCAGCUUCUCUGAAGCAGCUCAGAAACCUGAUGGCUUGGUAAUUAUUGGUGUUUUUAUGAAGCUUGGCCAGGCUAACCCAGUCCUACAGAAAGUAAUUGGUGCCCUAGGUUCAAUCAAAACUAAGGGCAAACAAGCUCCAUUUGCUCAUUUUGACCCAUCUUCUUUGCUGCCUCAAUCCUUGGAUUACUGGACCUACUUUGGCUCUCUGACUCAUCCCCCUCUCUAUGAGAGCGUAACCUGGAUUCUCCUUAAGGAGCCAAUCAGUGUCAGCGCAGAUCAGCUGGCCCAGUUCCGAAGUCUUCUGUCGAAUUCUGAAGGUGAAAAAGCCAGCCCCAUACUGCACAACCACAGACUCCCCCAACCACUGAAAGGGAGAGCAGUGAGGGCCUCAUUCCAGUGAAUUGCCUGUUGAUUACAAGUGAACUUAUCUGUUUUCAAAGGGGAAAAAAAACCCAGCAUCUUUUCUAAAGAAAUCUAUUUAAAUCAUUGGAAGUAAAUGUCUUGUAGGAAGUUGUUAUGUAAUGAACAUUAGUUGAAUUUGAAUUUGUUUCAUGAGGGGCACGUGGGCUAUUUAGUUAGUUAUUGUCAUUUCAUUAAAAUU